AUGGUCGGAUUCAUAUACUCCGCUGGCCAUAACAAGACGAUACAAGUGCAAGAAAUUAAUCCCGAGUUAGGGCCCGGGCUAAGGAAAUGCAAAAGAAGACAGGUUGGGAAGACAAGGCAAAGCAAGGCCUAUGUCCUGCAUGUAUCAUGUAUCAUUCAUGUACAGAUGUACUCCUGGGAAGUUGGAGAGAUAACAGCUGAGCAAAUGCCAUACAUAACAUACAUGCCCGGACCACUGUACCGCACCAUGUACUUAUCUACAUGCGCCGACACGGGAGACCAAAAACCGGAGUGCAUCAUACAGAACCACAUGCAGAAACACUCCUGCAUACUUGUAGUACACGCUUCUACGUCCGCUUUGGGGAUCCAAGCCAACUCAGAGACGAGGAAGGGGGCAAAGUCAACACAAAAGAGGGUCCCACCCAACUGA